AUGGGAAAUCCUUUGCCUACAGCAGACAUCAUCGAACCAAUAACAGAAUGGCUCAAGACUUGCGACAGUCGUCACAUCGGCUCAUGUGUCGAAUCAAACACUUCAAGCACGAAGUUUUCAUCGCGUCCUUAUCGGCUGAUCGACGUUGAGGAGCAGUGCAUAGUACGAGGGAAUGUCCAAGGCGAAUACCUUGCGCUCAGCUAUGUUUGGCAAGACGACACGAUGAAAACCGAAGAUCAGCAGCAAUUCCAAUUAUCCCUUGAUAAUGCCGACUCCCUAACUGCACCCAAUUCCAUGAGGCAAUACAUAUCACAGCUACCAAAGACCAUUCGAGACGCUAUGGAGCUGACGAUCGCGAUUCAAAAAAGGUACUUGUGGGUGGACAGGCUUUGCAUCGUGCAAGACCAUCCGAGGAAGGAAGAAGAGUUCAUGCGCAUGGAUCAGAUCUACUCUGGUGCUUAUAUGACAAUUGUUGCUGCUGCAAAACAUGGGAUGUACUGCAACCGCGGCGGAACUGUUCACGAUCCUGCAUUGGCAUCUCCAAAUGAUUGGUUUGCGAAUUUUGAGAUCCCGCAGCAUCUUCGUAUCAGGCAGUACUAUGGUAUUGUUUCGCGAUCAAAAUGGGCGAAAAGGGCAUGGACCUAUCAAGAAUAUAUCCUCAGCAAACGCGUCAUCUUCUUUCUUGACACUCGAAUUUUCUGGCAGUGUGAGUGCACAGUUUGGGAUAAGGACCAUCUUCAACCAAAACAGGACAUGGAAGCUCAAACUGUACCUUCUUCCACUUCAGGGCACACCAGGUCUUUCUCAGUGCCGUCAUGGCCCGAUUUUGGCCUUUAUGCCGAUUUGAUUUGUCCCUACAACGGGCGAGAUCUGUCAUAUGACAAAGACGGCCUUUCCGCAUGCUUGGGAAUACUGAAUCGCCUGGCUCCAGCAUUCCCCAGUGGCUUCCUAUUUGGAUUGCCAAGGAUCUACCUUGACUAUGCACUGCUUUGGCAGCCUUUGAGUCGGCAACUUGACACUCCCGAAUAUUGUAAGCGAGGAGAGCCUAUGGAGCUUGUCGCCAUCUCACGAGGCAGUGCAAAUGGUAAGGACUUGAGACAUUCCUUUGAGGAAAGAGUAUUCGCAAUGAGCAGAUAUCGUGACGCGAAGGCGUUUCGGCCUGUACACGAUGACGAGGAGCGGUGGAUCGGUGUCGAAUAUAUAACUCCGUCACCUGGAGAGAGUCAUCACCGAGUUGUUGCAACAGGAGACUACGAGAUAGAUCUGAAGGUGUCAGAUAAUGAGUAUAUGAAGGAUCAGGUGUACGAUUUUUACAAUGUUCUCUGGGUACAGCAUGGAGGUGACGGGAUUAUGUAUAGAGCCGGUUGUGGCCGGAUUCUCACAGAGUACUGGGAGGCAAACAAUCCAGUUGACACCUGGAUUACUUUGGGCUAG